UAUUAUCGCCUCAUCGAUGAUUCUACCAGAAUCUCCAUUUUCAGGCUCCUCUUAAUGGAGAUGAGGAGAGGAGGAAUGGAGAAGGUGGAGGGCUUGAGUGGGAAUCCGGGGUGGAGGGUGUGGGGGGUCAUUGUCUCAGUCACGGUCAUCGAUCUGUUUACAGCUAUAUGCAGUAUGACUUCAGCUAUUGGCAAUCAAAAAAGUACAGAGUAUUUUGCCUGGUUAAAGCAUAAUGCAGUAUGAGAAAGUACUCCGUACUGGUUGCAUGAU